AUGGUCCUUGCUCCCCAUCCAAGUCCCGAGGCGCCAGUGCUCUCACACUUUGACCUCCGCGGCAAGACAGCACUGGUGACAGGAGGCUGUCGAGGCAUCGGACUGGAAGUGGCACGGGGCCUCUGCGAGGCCGGCGCCAAUGUCGCCAUCACGUACACGAGUACGGCCGCCGGCGACGCCGAAAAGAUAGCCUCGGAUAUGUCCGCGGCGAACGGGGGCCGCUCAGUCAAGGCCUACCGGUGCAAUGUGCGGAAGCGUGAAGAGGUAGAGGCCACCGUCGAGGCCGUAGCCAAAGAGGUUGGCGGUGGACGCCUCGACAUCGUCGUGGCCAACGCUGGAAUUGCCGAUCACAUACCGGCUCAGGAUUACCCCGAAGACAAGUUCCGCGAGAUGUUCGACGUGAACGUUAACGGCGCCUUCUGGACAGCACAGGCCGCAGCUCGCGUCUUCGAGCGACAGUGGAAGGCCGGGGGCGAGGGCACGCCGCACCGUGCGUCCCUCAUCUUCACCGCGUCGGUCUCGGCCACGCUCGUCAACAUCCCUCAGAAGCAGGCUGCCUACAACGCCAGUAAGGCCGCGCUGGUACAUCUGUCCAAGUCACUAUCAGUCGAAUGGGUGGAUUUCAUGCGGGUGAACUGCGUCUCGCCAGGCUUCAUUGACACUGAGAUGCUCACCGUUCACCCUGAGGAGUGGAGGAAGCAAUGGUUCUCCAUGAUCCCAGGCCGUAGGCUCUGCAAGACACCUGAGCUCAAGGGUGCUUAUGUGUUCCUUGCCAGUGACGCCAGCUCUUACAUGACGGGAGCGGACAUGAUCAUUGAUGGAGGCUAUACAUUGCCUUAA